UCCCCAAUCCUCCGUCCACCAUCCGCCGCCCCCUUCCUUCCGCCAAUACAACAGAGAGAUCGCACCACCGGGGAGAGAGAGAGAGAGAGACAUGAGGAGCGGCGGCGACGUCAAGUCCUUCUUCCGGCAGCAGAAGGCCCACUCCGGCGCGGCGGCCACCAAGCCCACCGGCGGCGUCUCCAAGAAGGCGGCGCACCACCACCAGAAGCAAGCGGCGGCGCGCCCGACGCCAGAUCACGGCGGCGGCGCCGACGCGGGGAGGGAGGACGCGGAGGACGCGGAGAGGAAGGCCAGGGAGUUCGACAUGGACAUGCGCUACGGGCCCUGCCUCGGCCUCACCCGCGCCCAGCGCUGGCAGCGCGCCGCCGCGCUGGGCCUCGCCCCGCCGCCGCACGCGCUCUGCUCCGACGACCAGCCGUGCAUCUGGGAGGGCCGCGUCUAGACUAGAGCAUCACCCCCAGGGCCCCGUCGAAUCACCGAUCCGCCACUCCUCGUGGUUCUGUCUACUGCUUCUUCUGUAUCAUUGUGGCCUCUUCAGUCUUCGUGUUGUCUUCAGUCUUCGUCUGUACGUUUGGGUGCGUGCUAUGCCUUGUGAUCCGAUGAGAUGCUGUAUUAAUCCCAGUUUAACCUUCGGUGCAUCUGGUGUGUUGUGCCAAUCUAUAUCCCACUACGAUUGAUUGUUUUGAGCAUUAUUAGUUGGGAAUACAUGCGGCAUGUAUAUCUGAUGAUAUUUCUGUCAACUUGUUGGAUGAACUUUCUUUGGAA